AAGAAAGCCCACAAAACACUAGCGACCAAGAACACGGCAACCCUGAAUCGAACCCAUCUCAUCAGCCUCGGAGUCCAUGGCCUUUCUCUGCUCAUAAGACUACUUCUACUACGGCGGAAAUGGACGCCAUACCUUCUCCUCUCCCUUCCGGCCUUGGUCCUCGAAUUCGUCCUUGAACGCGGCAGCCGUCCAGUCGUCACCGAGAACGGCGAAGUGAAGCGUGUAGGAGACGAUCUCGAGGCCAAGGGUCUGACAGAAUGGAUGUGGGACAUCAUCUACUGGUCGUGGGGGAAUGUGCUGCUGGCGACACUGGCGGGCGACUGGGCGUGGUGGGCAAUGCUGGUUGUGCCGGCUUACAGUGCGUGGCUCGCGUAUGGGACCUAUUCGGGCAUGAGAGGGAUGAUGGGAGGAGGCGCACAGCAGCAGGAGGCAGCAGGCGGCGCGGCAGGGCAGAGCAAGCGACAGGCGAAGAUGGAGAAGCGAGGCGGACAGAGAAUGCAGUACCGUGCAUAG